AUGCAACAAUGUCAUAAGAGGAAGAACAGACAACAAGGCAACUAUAAUCAAGAUAUUCAAAAUCAUAGUAAUCGCGGCAAUAUUUAUUACUUCGAAAAUGAGUUUGUUCAUGAAGAAACGAUUGCCACAACGUCUAAUGAAGCUAUCACAACACUUACUCAAGCUGAAACUGCAAACUAUAGCGAAGGGGAUUUAAUCUUCAAGAAAAGAGGUCCUGAUGAUCAUGCUGUGCUGGGUGGUGGAUUCAGGUACCACGUGCCAUGUGGUCAAGCCAGGAUUUUUACAAAAUAUCCAUUCUGA